AUGCAAUGUUUCUUUGUCUUUUCUAUCUUUUCUUUUUUUCUUUCUUUUCCUUCCUUCUUUCUUUCUUUCUUUCUUUCUUUCUUUCUUUCUUGCUUGCUUAUCUCAGCGAUCGAUGUAAUUUCCUUUUGUAAUUUUUCUUUCUUUCUAAUUAUAUUUCUCUUCCAUUCUUUCCUUCUUUCUUUCCGACAAAACCUUCGUAAUAUUUCUGUUUUUUUUUUUUUUACAUUCUUUCUUUUUUCUUUCAUUUUUCUUUAUACACUGCUAAUUGUUCUUUGCCAAUUGAUUUUUGUUUCUUUUUCUUUCUUAUUACUUUUUCUUCUUCCUUUCUUAUUCUUUACUUUUCAUUCUUUCUCCUUCUUUCUUUCUUUCUUUCUUUGUUUCUCUCUUUCUUUCUUUCUUUCUUUCUUUCUUUCUUUUUCUUAUUCUACCGUCGCAACUUUUGUUUACCAUUUGAUUGUCACGUUCUUCUUUCUUUCUUUCUUUCUUUCUUUCUUUCUUUCUUUCUUUCUUUCUUUCUUUCUUUCUUUCUUACGUAAACGUCGUAAUUUUUCCUUGCUUUUUCCUUCUUUUUCAUCCUUUCAACUUCUUUCUCCUUUCUUUUUUUUCUUAUUACACCUUUGUAAUUGUCCGUAG